CUGCUAUAUAAAAACAACGCUGGAAAGAGCAUGAGAAUAGUGGAUUAAUUGAAAAGUUCUCAAAAUGUCAAAGCUAAAUUCUCCUUUGUUUAACUUUGUUGUUUCAAUAACCUUGUUUCAGAUCAUUGCUUCAUUUAGUCUCAGCACAUCCCAGAGUCUCAUAAACGAGAUUAGUACUACUACCACUAAAGCCCUUUUCAUCUUUGGGGACUCUACUGUGGAUCCUGGCAACAACAACUACAUAGACACUGUUCCUGAGAACAAAGCAGAUUACAAACCUUAUGGACAAAAUGGUUUCUUUGAGAAACCCACAGGAAGAUUCUCAGAUGGCCGUGUCAUUGUAGAUUUUAUAGCUGAAUAUGCAAAGUUACCCCUGCUUCCUCCAUUUUUACAACCAUCUGCUGAUUCUAGUAACGGUGUCAACUUUGCUUCUGGAGGGGCUGGUGUUCUUGCUGAAACCAAUCAGGGAUUGGUAAUCGACCUUCAAACACAAUUAAGUAGUUUUGAAGAAGUGAGGAAAUCACUAGCAGAAAAGCUUGGAGAGGAGAAGGCAAAAGAAUUGAUCUCAGAAGCAAUUUAUUUCAUUAGCAUUGGAAGCAACGAUUAUAUGGGUGGUUAUCUGGGGAACCCAAAAAUGCAAGAAAGCUACAAUCCUGAACAAUAUAUUGGAAUGGUUAUUGGAAACUUGACACAAGCAAUCCAAAUUCUAUAUGAGAAAGGGGCUAGAAAUUUUGGUUUUCUAAGUUUGUCUCCUUUGGGAUGCUUGCCAGCUCUUAGAGCACUGAACCAGGAAGCUAGCAAUGGUGGUUGUUUUGAAGUAGCUUCUGCACUUGCUCUUGCACACAAUAAUGCUUUGAGCAGUGUUCUCACAAGCCUUGACCACAUACUUAAAGGGUUUAAGUACUGUCAUUCUAAUUUCUAUGAUUGGCUUCAAGAUAGAAUAAACAACCCUAAAAAUUAUGGUUUUAAGGAAGGAGCUAAUGCUUGCUGUGGAAUUGGCCCAUAUGGGGGCAUUUUUACUUGUGGGGGCACCAAGAAAGUUAAAGAGUAUGAUUUAUGUGACAAUAGUGACGAGUAUGUAUGGUGGGAUUCUUUCCACCCAACAGAGAAGAUCCAUGAGCAAUUUGCUAAGGCCUUAUGGAAUGGACCACCUUCAGUAGUAGGACCAUACAAUUUAGAUAACCUCUUCUCCAACAUUAAGAACAAGCUCACUAUUGCUGAUGUGGUUGAUAACCCAGAAAUUGAGGAAGGGCAAUUUCACUUCUGAGUUUGGGUACAAAAAUAGUAAAAACAUAUGAAAAUAACACUGGAUGACAUGUUCAAGUUCGAAAUAUGAGCAGAGUCUGUGUCAUGUUUGGGCAUGCUUUAUCACUUGGCUUUCUGUUUUCCCCUCAGGAAGUGUUUCAAUAAAGAAUCUUCUUAAAUAAUUGCA